AAAAAUAACGAACGACGUCGUUGUUCCUUAAAUAAAGGAAGAAAAUCUUGUUGCAGGAGACAUCGAAGAACAGCCCUCCUUCCUCGCCCUUCGCUCGUCAAAGCCAAAGCUGUCGUUGCCGUGCCACCAUCUUCUCCAAAGUUUUCAUAUUCGAAGAGAAAAAGAACGUUCUUUGGUCCCCUCAUCGCUCUUUUACAUUCACUGGUUCUUCACCUUUGUUCAAGAGUAUUGAAGGAAAUCUGAUUUCAGGCCACAUUCCUACAGACAUUGGGAAGUUGACCAAUUUAGAAAAACUCAUUCUGUCAUCCAAGGGAUUCCCAAGAGCGUUGCCACCCACGCUUUCCAAGUUAACCAAGUUGAUUGAUUUGUAAGUUCUUAUCCGUGUACGUGAGUCAACGCUUCUUUUAGUGAAGAGAAUUGCGUAGACUGGUAGUCAAACAGAAUGGCAGAAGCAGCGAAGAGCAGAGACGCCCGAAGACGAAGAAGAAUCCUCCAACAAGGUUCCGACCGUCUCGCUUUCAUCACGGGUCGGAUCCAAACACUGCCGGAUCCACUUUCAUCUUCCCAACCCCAAUCCCAAUCCCACCAUCCAAACGUUGAUGACUCCGAUUCCAUUUCGCAAAAUCCCGAACCCGACAACACCGUAAUCCAAACACCCCCCAAACACGAGGGUGAAAACGAGAUUUCAACUGUCCCCGAACCUAAACCUGAACCCGAACCUGAACAAUUCCAAUUACAACCACCCCAAACAGAAGAACCGAAACGUUUCAUCACUCCUAGUGACUUAACGCGCUCCAUCAAUUCCUCUAGGGUUACCCGUCUCUGUUGUUCAAUUUUCGUGGCCAUUUUAGUCAUUUUAUCUUACCCCAAGUUUUUCAGUACUGUGAUAACCUUUAGGCCACUCUACUUAGUUCUCGUGACCAAUCUAACGGUCGUGAUUGCGAGGCUCUUUUCUGGGAAACAGAGGGGUUCUGAAAGAAGAGAUAAUAGAGGCUCUUCCGGUGAUGGUGGUGGUGAAUAUGCGCAGCUUGCGAGUAUUUUGGAACUGUGUGUGGUGGCGCAGAACGUGGCGGAUGCUGUCUUCAUGGACUGUGCUGUCUAUGCUGUCGUUCUCGUAUGUGGUCUUUCUGUGCUCUAGACAUGACACGGAAUGAUGGAAUACUUGUGUUGGUUUGAACAAUGUGCCUCUUACCUUUCUUCAUUUUGUUCUGUACAUUUCGUAAAAUUGUUAGUUUGCUAGUUUUUGUUUGGGGACAAAAUUCAAACCCACCACUUCUAGCUUCAACCAUCAAGUCAACUUUAUAACUUGGUAUUUGUACCUUUGUAACAGAUUUUUGGUUUUAUUCAUUUUUGGUUUGCUAAUUUCCAUCUGUUCUGAUUUA